AUGAAUCCCCGACGGGAUCUCCAGAAGCGCACAGAGAACAGUCUUCUCAUAUGGAUUCUCGAAGGCAAAGGCUUGCCAGCCAAGAGAAAAUACUAUUGCGAGAUGACACUUGACAAGACAUUAUACGGAAAGACAUCAGCCAAGGCUCGCGGCGACAACGUCUUCUGGGGAGAGAACUUUGAGUUUCAGAUGCUCCCAAAAAUCGAGGAAAUCUGCAUUAGUCUGUUCCGUGAAUCCGACUCGAAAAAGAAGAAGGACACUCUGAUCGGAUACGUCAUCAUAGGAAUUGACCAGCUUGCCAGCAAGAGUCCAGUUGAGCGUUGGUACACUGUGAACAACACACAACAAGACUCAUCGGCCAGCCGUAUCGCAUCCGCACUUGGUGGGAAAAGUAGCAGUCAGGAAGUUCAAUCGAUCAGAAUCAAAGCUCGAUGGCAAUCCGUCGAUGUUCUUCCACUUCGUGUCUACGACCGCCUUUCGGAACUUCUUACGUACAAUUAUUUAGAUCUGUGUCAACAAUUGGAGCCAGUGUUGAAUGUCAGAGAUAAGGAAGACUUCGCGACUUCAUUCGUUCGAGUUAUGUACAAACAGAACUGCGCUGUCGAAUACUUGGCCGACCUCGUUAUGGCUGAAAUCGGCAAGCUGGAUAACGAUAAUCUGAUGUUCCGUGGUAACACUGUUGCGACAAAGUCGAUGGAGUCGUUUAUGAAGCUUGUCGCUUCUGAUUAUCUCGAAUUCACACUCCGUGACUUCAUCAUGACUGUUGUUGCAUGCGAAGAUUCGUGUGAAGUCGACCCACAGAGAUUGGGCAAUGUGCCGAGUUCAGUGCUAGAGAAGAAUCGAGCAUUGCUCACAAGAUAUGUCGAGGUUGCUUGGACCAAAAUCAUUAACAGUGUCCACAUGGUUCCUAAGAUCCUCGGAAAGGUCUUCGCCACAUUGCGACUCCGAUUAGAAGCUCAAAAUCGUGGGGAGCACGCCGAGACAAUCAUCUCGUCCUCGAUCUUCCUUCGCUUUUUGUGCCCAGCCAUUUUAAGUCCAAGCCUGUUCAACUUGGUUGCCGAGUUCCCAUCGAUCAAUAACGCUCGCAACCUGACCCUCAUCGCAAAGACUCUUCAGAAUCUUGCCAACUUCAGCAAGUUCGGAGGAAAAGAACCACACAUGGAGUUUAUGAACACAUUUGUUGAUCGCGAGUGGAAUCGUAUGCACGAGUUCUUGCUGGAAAUCUCGACUGAAUCCAAGUCAGUGGGACCAGAUAAGAGUGCAGAUGCUAUUGUGGACGCUGGAAAAGAGCUUAGUCUUAUCGGCUCGUAUCUUGAGGAAGUCUGGAGUCCACUGCUUCAGGAGAAGAAUCUCAACAAGCCACUUGGAGAAGUCAAACAGGUGCUCACUGAGUUGGCUGAGGCCAAAAGACGGCCGGAUCACGCUAUCUUCCACUCUCCAAUGGUUCAACAGCCAUCAUCGGAUUAUGAGAAUAGCCCACAGCAGAAUGUUGUUCCUCGUCACGAGAAUGUGCCUGCCUACCGUAGUACUCCACCAACCGGCCAAGCCACUGUGAUGGGACGUUCCAUGAACCGGCCGGCCACUCACCUCAUGACUUCCGACGACUACGUUCUCUCCUCGGCCUUCCAAACUCCGAGCCUUCGUCCAGCGAGACUCAGUGAUGAGACUGGAACGUCUUCAAGCCGUACUAGCGACAAGACGACAAGCAGUGCAGAGAUUCGAGAUGACACCGAUUCGGAUUUUGAAUUGCGCGAUGAGCUGGGACGUGGCGUGAGAAAUCGGAAACGUCUUCCACGCACCGAUGCGUCUCCAUCAAGCAGCCAGCAGGCGUCCAGUGGAUACAUGAGCAAUAAUCCAUCCAGAUCCAGCUACUCAAACUCAUCCAGCUCAUCACCAGUCGAACGCAUGGCUGCACUUUCCAUUGCCAAUCCAGUAUUCGGUCCUGGUCCAUCUGCUGGUUUCAGCAUUCCAGCUGAGCCAAAGGAGAUCGUUUAUCAGAAGCGUGCCAGCCCACCACCAUACGAUCCAGAGGUGCAUCAAUACCACUAUCAGCCGAUGCAAGUCUACGCAGUGCCACCGGACUGCCAGCCUUCGCCACGUGGUCAAUCGGUCCCUGGAAUUGCUUCUCAGAAUCGGUUGAGCCUUCCGAGAACCAAUCCUCGCGCUUCCAGAACUUCCGCGUUGCUUCGUCCAAGCGUCGUCAAUGUUCCAGAUGACUGGGAGAGGCAAGGUGACUACUGGCGUGACACUCAUCAGAUGGACCAAUACAGAGCUCGCGAUGAGAUGAUCAAAAACCAGGCUCGUGAAAUCGAACGGUUGACUCGUGAGAAUUUGGAGCUCAAAAAUCAGAUAAUGACUUCAACGAAACUGGUUGAUUCGAAAAGAUCUGACAGUGGAGCCAGCGAGGACUCGUACGACUCUCUAAGCUCGCUUGAUCGCCCGACUCGCAAGUCUUUGGUCGUUCUGCCAAACUAA